AUGUCGUACGCUGGACCGAGCAGCGGUGCUUCUGUGUCGUCCACGACCCGACCUCUGCGCUCAACAAGCCCAUCUGCGUACGCUACUCAUGCAGGCUUGGGUAGUCAUGACGACACCGAAGUCGCUUUUGCAGAGCUACAGAUGCUCUCGCAGAAUCAACGAAAGCUGGCCACCCUCACAAGUCGCAUGACCACCAUCCUCUCCGGUUUCGACAAGCGCCUCAUCAAGCUGGAAGGCAGCAUCUUGCCCAUUCACAAGGGCACACAGAGGCUGGCGCGAAUGUCGGACAACAUCGAUCUCACCUUGGCCGCCCUCAACAAGACACUUGGCCACUACGAUGUCGUCCUCGAUGAACAGCCACUGCUCAAGAAAGGCGCCGACGCUAGAGACACACGACCCUACAUGGACACGAUCGACCGCGUCGUCAAGGGACUCCAAUACCUCGAACAAUCGAACCUCAAAAGCCAGGAGGGUGUCAUGAAGCGCAUGUACGACCUCAUCGAGCUGGGUUCUCGCAAUCUCUGCGGCGUCAUUUCAGACUGGGUUCGCGCUGAUUCGGAACCCAUCGACUUGGCCGAAUACAGCCGCGAUGCUCACUACCCUGUGCCUUCCGAAGAGACGCACAAUGCGAUCGUUCCCAUCCUCAACUACCUCUCGACGUUACCGAGACAUCCUCGCACGGGUUACACACCGCUCUCCGCUGGCUUUGCUGCAUAUGCCUCGGUGAGGAGCAAUUAUCUCACGCAGUGCCUGGACCCAUUAGCAGCGAGACUGCGACAGCAUGCCAUUGAAAGGAUCGGCACUGGGGCCGGCGGCUCGGGAAUGACCAUGGCCAACCACGAUGACGACGAAGAUCAUCACUCGGCCUAUCGACGCGGCGAGGCCGGUGCCGUCGAGCUGUUCGAAGCGUACUACGGCAUGCUGGACAACGAGUAUCGAAUCCUGCAGGCGGUCAUGGUCUCGGCUGAGCUGGGCGAGGAGACGCUGUUGCUGGCAUCGACCUUCUCGCAGCUGGUGUCUGCUGCCCUCGCGGCUCUCAUCGAAUCGCUCAGCUCCAUCUCAUCCCACGUCCGCCGGCAUUUGGGCACUCAUACGUCGUUCCUGCUCGAUCUCAUUGGCGCCAUGUCAGGCAUCAUCUUGACGGGUCAGUGGGAGGUGCUCGUGCGCUCGAUGGAAGACUCUCCGGAAGCACCUUUGUCCAGCAAUUUUCCGAUCAACAAGACAGAUGUUGACAUCAAUGCAGGCUUUGCACCCGCCUCGGAGCUGCUCGAGAUCUAUAGCAAGCUCAAAAACACCGCCAUCGGCAUCUUUCCACGCUUCAUCGAGGAUAUCAAGGCCAUCCCCACACGCAAAGCGGCCGAAGUUCCCAGCACCUCGGUCAACGAGAUCACCUACUUGGGGCUGCAGUUUGUUCGCCAGGUCACCGAGUACAGCGACAUUGUCUCGCCGCUGCUGCACACGCUUGGCAACGGCAAUUGGAUGAUGGCGAGUGGCGUCGCACCCGUUCUCUCGCUGGGGCUGGAUAGCGACGCGAGCAAGCAGAGCAUUGUCGGGGACUACCUGAACGAUGUCGUUGCCGUGAUCCUCACCUCGCUUGAAGCACGGUCCCGUGCCAUUCGUCAGCCAUCUACUGCGUCCGUGUUCCUGCUCAACAACAUCGGCCACCUUCGACGCUCUCUAUCGGCACCCUUACCAAGCUACCUUGGCGCAGCAGACGACGGGAGCAGUGUGUCGAUCAUCUCGCUGCACCUCGGGGAGAUGGGCGAUGAUCUGCUUGCUACGGCGUUGCGCCAAGCCAACACGGCCUACCUCGAUGCCUGGUCGCCGGUCGUCGCGCCGCUGAUGGAGGACCAGCCGCUGAACACGAACGCGCACUACCACCGCCACGCGACAUCCAAGCUCAUCGGUGUUGGCUCCGGUUCCGAGAAGAACCAGGUCAAAGACCGUUUCGCCAGGUUCUACGAAGCGCUGGAUGAUCUGGAGCGUCUCCACCGCGCAUAUCCUGUCAGCAGGGAGGACGUUGAGCUGAAGGAGAGCUUGAAGCGAGACGUCACACGACUCGUCGGUCCGAUGUACGCGAGGUUUCUCGGCAAGCACAAGGCCGGUGACUUUACCAAGAACCCGAGCAAGCAUAUUCGCAUGACGGAACAGGAGGUCGAGGACAAGAUCGCCAGCCUGUUCCGGUAG